AUGUUGGACCCUCUCGGCCCCCCUCCAGCAUGGCUGGGAGAGAUCGCCGAGCCCUACGCCUUAUGGCUUAAUAGUCCGACUCUUACUGAGCACGUUCAUGAGGUUAUCCUGGCUUUUGCUUUUUACCAGCUCAUCCAUUCAGUCCUCUCGCCAUGGCUAUCGCCGAUCUUCUUCCCGAAAUCCUACCCGAAGCUGAGUGCCCGGACGAAACUGAACUGGGAUAUCCAUGUUGUCUCUCUAGUACAAAGUGUUCUUAUCAACGCACUCGCAUUGUGGAUUAUGUUUGUCGAUGAUGAGCGGAACUCUAUGUCUCCUCUCGAGCGGGUCUUUGGAUAUACAGGUGCCUGCGGAUUCAUUCAGGCACUAGCUGUCGGAUAUUUCAUCUAUGAUCUGAUUGUGAGCACAUUUUAUAUCGAUAUGUUUGGUAUUGGUACGCUCUUCCACGCUGUCAGUGCGUUGUGGGUCUUUAGUCUUGGUUUCAGACCUUUCCUCAACUACUAUGCCCCGGUAUUCAUCCUCUACGAGCUCUCAACCCCCUUCCUCAACAUCCACUGGUUCCUCGAUAAAGUCAACAUGACCGGCAGCAAAGCUCAAUGGUACAAUGGAAUGCUCCUACUCUCGGUAUUCUUCUCCUGUCGUCUUGUCUGGGGUACCUGGCAAUCCACCAUCGUCUACGGUGACAUGUGGACAGCUCUGCAACAAACCUGGUCCGCAUCCUCGAACCCACUCACAGAACCCGUCAAUGUCAACGCCCAGGUCUUCCACCCAGCCCGUGACGGUAGCAUGUGUAUCGAUGAGACUUGCGCGCGCGCUAACGCAGAGAUUGCCCGAUUCAAGGAUUACACGGCUGGUGGUGUGCCAACAUGGCUGGUUGUCACAUAUGUGACCUCUAACCUGAUUCUGAACUUCCUGAACUAUUUCUGGUUCUUCAAGAUGGUAGAGACAGUUAUGAAACGGUUCCGUGUUCCGGAGGAAAAGACCGGUAAAUCAUCCGAGAAGACUGCCGCUCCUAGUCUGGAGGACCUCGCGCAGGAGGUUAUUCUUGAGGCUGCUGCGAAGUUGGAGGCUGAGGGUUCUUCUAUGUGUGAGGCUGAGACCUCGGCAGCUGAUGUGGUUGCCACCGAGGAGGUGAGGAGGCGGAGGGCAGACCUUGCAUCCAAGGUUCCUCUUCCUGGAUCAUGA